GUAGGCAUGAGGCGAGAUCGACGAACCGAAGUUCAGUGAAGCGUUGCCUGCUUUUCGUGAGAUACGUAAGCGGUGUCCUGUUCCUAUGUCACGCGAGUAAAUGCGAUAUUUACUCAAUCUCAACAUUGCGGUAAGCCAACUGGAACUGCGGAGAGUUAAAAGUGACCUCGGUAUUUUCGUCACCGAUUGCAGGUGGGUAUCUUUUGUGUUGCCUCGUACCUGCCCGCGUAUUCUCCUAUCUUAUCUGGAGCCGCCUUCGUGACGCUUAGCAACGUUGGAGGGGACAGUUGCGCGAGGUCUGCGCCUCGUUCGUGCGCGUUCUUGUCAGACCGUACUCUGACUGCGACGGAACGCCAGCGGAGGCUAUGCGUUCCAUGGCGGCUCUUGUCUUGGUUCUUGGCACCUGGAUACUUUGCUGUGACGUCGUGUCAACUUCGCAAGGCGUUAGCGCGUCUGAUGUAAUGCGCGUCUUGUUCACGAAAGAUAUUUGUAAAAGGACGUUCUGCUUGCCUCUUGAGAACUGUGAGAAGGGAUUCGUCCUCACUAGUGGCUGCUGCCCGGUGUGCCAGGCGAUACUGACGGAGAACCAGACAUGCUGGACCAUGGCCGUGACUUUCGACGGCACGCCUACCGGGCGAUGCGAAGAGGGUCUUUCUUGCAAGCAGGGAAUUUGCACCAGGGAUGAGAAGCAAGAUCACAACUCGUGCGAAGAAAGGCGAGAGCUGCGGUUGCAGCUCAAGAAGGAAAAUCUUAUUGCUGAAGAAGCGUGGGUCCCGACGUGCGACGCCAGAGGAGGCUACGAGGCCAAGCAGUGCAAGAGCAACAAGUGCGUCUGUGUGGACGAGAAAGGAGCCCCCAUAUUCGGUCAAGCCGAGCUGUCCCGUGCAGAAAAUAUGACUUGCGCCUGCUCUCGCCAGAUGAGCGCGAGGAAGAGGCAGCGACGUUCCGACUGGAUGGCCGGCCCCCAGAUACACUGCGACUCCCGGGGCAACUACGAGGAGCUGCAGUGCGAGGGAGAACUCUGCUACUGCGCCGACCCGAUGACCGGCAAGCCUACGGGACACCUGGUGCUCAUCCAACAGAUCUCUCUACUGCCGUGCUACGAUGCCGAGAGAUACGCCGGUGGUUACCUGACCAUCUGCGAGAGGGAGAUGACCCGAGUCCGGUCCCUGGUGCAUCAAUUUAGCCAGAAGGGACAGACUCUGGUGGGGUUGGAGAUGAAUCGCUGCGACAUCGACGGGGGCUACGCCAGAGUUCAGUGCGGACGCUCUGAGAGCUGCGUGUGUAGCAACAACCAAGGGGUUUCGCUGAAAAGCUAUGCCUAUGAGCAGAAAACAGGUGCCUUGAAAGAAAUGUCCUGCAGCCGAGAGACGUCCCAACUGAAACUAAACUGCGCUGUCAUCGCGCGACGCAGCAGAGACUGUGCCAUAGACGAGGACUACCGGAUCAGGGGCUACGCCAAGCUGCCUUCGUGGACAUGCGACCAGUACGGAAACUUCCGACAUGUGCAGUGGCUCUUGGACCGCUACUACUGCCUUGAGGAGGACGGCAGUGUCCUGCAGUCCUUCGAAAAGAAAAAAAUCACCAAGGACGAGGACAUCGCGCGUCAGUGUGCUCUCUCCGAUUUCGACAUUUACUGCCAAGCUGAAAAGUUUAAGAAUACCACAACUUGCGAGGAUCUGUUCCCUAGUUCAUUGGAAGCCUUUUGAAAACUCCUCGAGGCCCAGACUAACCUUCGCCAAACAUGGAUAUUGGGUUUAGGUUGAUUAAUUUAAACAUGCAUAUAUAAUAUUUGGCCGACGAGUGCGCUCUCAAAACGCCGUUAAGUUUGCGUAACUUCAGAUGGAUGACCUUUUUCCUCGUGAAAGUAUGACAGCUGCAUGGACAUGUUGGUACCCGUGAAUGUGCAAGAAAAAUAUUGAGACAGGAACGGGUGUGGCUUCCGCUUGUUCAAUAAAAUGUUAGUUCUUUUGUUUACGUAAAGCGUAAAAGUAAAAAAAGAAAAGAAGUAAUAAAGAGGCCAUGAAAUAUUUUGGGCUUGAAUUUGCCAAAAA